GUGUCAGUCCCAAGAGGUCGGUAAGCGGUCACGUGCCACCGCGUUUCUCUCGCUCCAGCCCCUCCAUCCAAUCGCAGGUCGCCAAUUUGAUGCCAGCCUGCUAGCAAAUGAUGGAAGACCAAGUCAGCUCUUCAUUCUCAGCCGCUGACCAUGCGCUGUACACUUCACCAAAUUCCCCGGCUGCCUUUCACAAGGUCUCGCAGGGCGUCUUUUCUACCAGCCUCAAGCAGAUCACUAUGUGCUGCGCGUCAGAUCCAGGGGCCCAUCGGGGUGGAAGAAUUUCGGAAGCAAGCCAUGGAGAAGAAUGAGCCUCUGCUCAUCAAAGGGCAGCAAGAGGCCUCGCAAGCCAUGACAAAGUGGUUCGAAUUCCACCCAGUGCCCAGGACAAUAAAGAAGACAGCUGUAGCUCUUUCCGAGCAUUUCACUCAUCCAUUCGACGUUAAAAUGGUCCCCUAUGAGCUCACGGUUCCCACAUGGCGUCCCAGAGGCUUCGAUGGCGACAAUGUGGACCGGUUCAUCAGCUGGAUGGCCAAAACACAAACAGGUUGGCCCCAUUUAUGGCUUUCGUCUUACCUUCAUGACAUCAAACAACAAUUAGGUGAUGAGUACGACGAACAUCACCGCUUCCUCCGUUUCGAGGCACCAAUUUCCCUCAUGUCUGCUGCGCUGCGCUACAAUGCUGUCAAGGUUUCAUUCCAGCGCGUCACUCAGCUCUACAUCGCACAGGCUCCGAUAUCUGACUUGCCGACCACUCUUCAAGACGAUGUGGCGACGCCAGAGAUUGUUCUCAAGGCGGGCAAGGGCGACGUGUAUGGUUCCAGUAUUUGGCUCGGGUUAGAGCCAACCUACACACCAUGGCACUGUGAUCCAAAUCCGAAUUACUUCUGUCAGAUCUAUGGAGGAAAGGUGAUCAGGCUUCUACCACCAGGCCUCGGCAAGAGUCUAUUCCGCAAGGUUCAAGCAGAACUGGGACAGACGGGGAGCUCAACCAUUCGCGGGGACGAAAUGAUGCAAGGCGAGGAGAGGACCUUGCUGACAACAAAGGUCUGGACCGAGGAAGCACCAGAGGAGAUGAUGGAGGUUGAUGUAUCUCAGGGGGAUUCGCUUUUCAUUCCCAAAGGAUGGUGGCACAGCGUGAAAAGCGUGGAUUACAAAGGCGAUCUGAACGGGAGUGUAAACUGGUGGUUUAGGUGAGGCUGUCCUCGAAUGAACUGAUCAUUCAACGUUUUGCUCGCAUCCAAAAGGCUGUAUGAAGUCCAUGUGCUUUGCCCCUUGGGCACAUCUGGUGUAACGCCCAUGCAUGAGCACCUGCGAGAGGGUGCCCACGGCCGCCGCGGGUGCCGAUGGAUCUGUAUUGGUUGUCUUGGCUAGAAAACUUGGAUCUUUCCUCUCCUUCGACAUGCCUUUCCAGACACGGUCACUCCAAAAGCUCGCAGGCCGCGGGUGAGCGUGAGAACUGUUAUCGCUCGGCCUUUCAACCAUCCAGGUCAGGCUUCCCUGGCUGACACGAGGGAAGAUGACACCAAGUGGAAAAUUGUCGGUUGGUUGUAUCUCGGCGUCGCAUUUUCGACCGCCUCGCAUCGCAAGACAUUGGCAUUAUGCAGGCGAUUACUGAGUCUCCUCCGAACGGCUUACCAUUUAAAUAACGACAUGGCAACAGUAUGGCCUCGAGAUUCUUCAAGCUUCAACACGAUUUUCUUUGUUGAAGUCUCUACGCCAUUUAUUUUUUCGCAAUGUCUGACCAGAUUCAGCUCACCAACCACAAACAGUACGAUGUCAUAGUUGUUGGCGCCGGGCUCAGCGGUCUUCAAACAGCUGUCAAGGUCCAACAUGCAGGUUUCUCCGUUAUAGUUCUGGAGGCUCUUGAUCGUGUGGGCGGCAAGACGCUGUCGGUGCAAUCCUCGAGCCAGGGCAAAGGCGUCAAUGACCUCGGCGCUGCCUGGAUCAACGAUAGCAGUCAAUCCGAGAUCUACAAGUUAUUCCUCGAGGCUGGUUUGAAACCCGAAAAGCAAUUGGAUGAGGGCAACACCCUUCGGCAGAUUGAAGACGGCAGCUAUAUCUCUGUUCCUUUCGGUCAACUCUUCGUUGACGAAGAAGAAGCCGCAGCCUUUGCUGUCCUCUUUGGCACUCUGCGAAAAGUGAUUGAUGCUUCCGACCUGGAAGAUCCCAUCACCGGGCCCGACGCCAAACGGCUCGACAGCCUGACUUUUGCAGAGUACUGCAAAGAGCUCCUGGAAUCCCGUUCGACACCCAUCAUCGCUACCUACCUGGCGCGUGCUCUCCUAGGGGUGGAAGGUGACGAGGUUAGCGCGCUGUUCAUGAUCAACUACUUCAAGAGCGGAACCGGAAUCCUGAACCUCGUCUCUGAUGGCCCCGACGGUGGCCAAUAUAUCCGCGCCAACAAAGGCACGCAGACAAUCUCCAAAUAUCUCGCCGCCCAGCUGCCCUCCGGGUCCAUCCACCUCACCAGCGUUGUCAAAUCCGUUAGCCAGUCUGCGGCCGGUGUGGAAGUUGUCACGACCGCCAACAAGACAUUCAGGGCCGCGCGCGUGGUGGUCUCUCUGCCCAGCGCUCUGUACCCGACCAUUUCCUUCUCCCCCGCGCUGCCGCCAUCCAAAUCCAUCCUGGCAGAGGGUACAGCCAUCGGCGCGUACGGCAAGAUCAUAUAUGUCUGGGCUAUUCCAUGGUGGCGUGAGGCCGGGCUCUCUGGGACAUUUGAGGCACCGCUUUCUGGGCAUGUCUCUUUUACGAGGGAGACUUCCGUGCCGGAGGACAACCAGUGGUCCAUCACUUGCUUCAUCGUGGGUGAUCCUGCAAGGGAGCUGUCCAAGUAUGCCCAAAAGGUCAGGAGGGAGAAGGUUUGGGCGCAGUUUAAGCAGGUGUUUGAGGGGUCGGGGGUGUUGAAAGGGGCGAAGGUCCCGGAGCCGAUUCAGGUGCAUGAGAUCGCCUGGAAGAGGAACCAGUAUGCGGAUGGCGCGCCGACUGCAGUGAUGGGUCCGGGGGUGUUGACUGAGUUAGGGGAGGUGACGGUCAGUCCGCUGAGGGAGCCGUGGCGGAGGGUACACUUUGUGGGCACGGAGACCAGUUUGGUUUGGAAGGGGUAUAUGGAUGGGGCUGUCAGGAGCGGGAUCCGAGGCGGUGAGGAGGUGGUGAAGGCGUUGCGGGAGGAGGGGAGGUGAUGGCUUUAUUCGCAUCGAGAAUUGGGAGAACCAAGCCAUCUUGUGUAUAUUCUUCAUCCGACAGUGCCCAGCUGUACUACUUGUCACAUGCCUAUGCUACCCUCCACCGUCACGCACGAUCACCAACCUCGCCGUCUUCAAUCAACCUGCGGGCAAUCGAACAGGCCAUUUGAACCACCCACAAAUUAAACGUAAGCCACCUGUCUUUCUACUGGAGAAAUUAUAACUGUGUGUUUCCCCCGGGGGGUUAGGGUUAUAUACAUCCUGACUUGCACUUCAUCAACCACAUUACCACUCCCAGCCACACCUACUUUCACGCAGUUAGUUGAACGCCUGGGAGUUGGCCUGGAAAUUCAAGGCCGGGAAAUAGGAGCCAUCGCAAAUAAAACCCUGGCAAUGAGGCUCUUGCAGGUGGUGGCGCGCGUGCAAAUAUGCCCUCCAUUAACCCAUAGACAACAAUCAACAGACAAAUAUACCAUUAAAGCCUGCA